UCUCCCCGAAGACCGACGGGGGGCGCGUGCUGGGCUCGCUCGGAGCAGCCGCUGACCACACGACUGCGAGACAGAGACCCCAGCCCGGCGCGGCCCACGCCGGCGUGCGCCGUGCCGUGCGCAACAAGCCGAUCGGCAGCCGACCAUCCCGGCCACGCCUUUCCCCUUCCGCCUCCGCACGCUCCAGAUCCCACCAGUCCCCGACCCGACCCGAACCCAUGGCCUUCUCGCGGCUCCUCCCCUCCCGCACCCGCCUCCUCUCCGCCCUCCUCCACACCCCGGGCCCCAUCCCCACCCCCCACGCCGCCGCCGGCACCCCGGCCUCCACCCCGCUCGCCCCCUUCCGCUCCUUCGCCUCCGCGACGCGGCGGGCGGGGCCCUCCUCCCGCCCCCGCGCCGUGGACAUCGGGGCGCGCGCGCGGCAGCUCCAAACCCGCCGCCUCUGGUCCUACGGGCUCGCCUUCGCCUGCGCGGGCGGGUUCGUGGUGGCCGUGCUCGCCACGUUCCAGGACCAGCUCGUCUUCUACGUCACGCCCACCGACGCGCUCGCCAAGUUCACCGCCGAUCCCUCCAAGUCUCGCGUCCGCCUCGGUGGGCUCGUCCUCGAGGGCUCCGUUGCGCACCCCUCGCCGUCCUCCCCCGAGAUCGAGUUCGUCGUCACGGACCUCAUCACCGACGUGCUCGUCCGCUACGAUGGCGCCCUGCCCGACCUCUUCCGCGAGGGCCACUCCGUAGUCGUCGAGGGGUUCCUCAAGCCCUUCACCGACGACCUCCGCCGCGACGACGGGAGGAAGGUGGCCGAGAAGGCGCGGGAGUGCGCGUGCUUCCUGCGCGGCACCGAGGUGCUCGCCAAGCACGACGAGAAGUACAUGCCCAAGGAGGUCGCCGAGGCGCUCGAGCGAAACAAGAAGCAGCUCGAGGCCGAUGCCAAGGCGGCCGCCGCUCAGGUGACGACUGUAGCGACCGCGGCGGAGGGAGCAAAGGCAACCUCGUAAGAUUUUGUCUGCCUUACGGUUUGAGAUUUACUGAUCUUGAGUGUGAGGCAUCAGGCGUAGGUAGAUUUGAAUUUGAUUUCACAACGGAGCUGAGGGAUGUCUGCGGCGUGAUUCGAUUUGAUUCUAAGCUGAUGUGAUUGUAGUAUUGUGAGCCGGGGAUCAGGCAAUUUUUGUUAGGGGAAUAAUGACAGAUCAUGAUUGGACACAGCUAUACGGAUUCCUUCUGAAGUAAUGCUAUUGGUAUACUCCUUUCACUGAGUAAUACUAUUGAUUUACUAGUUCUUAUGUGUGAGGAAUAAGUAGAUCUGAAUUCGAUUUCCCACUGGAAUUGGGAGAUAUCUGCAGCGCAAUUAAGCUAUUGUAAUUGUAGUAUUUUUGGCCUGGGGACAAGGCAGUUUUUGUUAGAGGGAUAAUUUAAGUGGAUGAUUGAACAGAUGCUAUAUGUAUUCUUUUUUAAACAAAACAAUAUUAUCGGUAUACUCCUUCCA